CUGGCUUCACGGCUCCUGGCUUGCAACCAGCUCUCAGAGUGCCAUUUGGGAUUCCUGAUCGGCGAAUUGGGCAAAGAACUCUGAGAUGAGCCUUAGCUAUCCCAGACCCGGAAAAGCCAUUCCUGUUAUUGACAGAUGAGCAACAUGGUCCCUGUGGACAAACAGGAGAAACUGGUGAAGCAGGAUGGAAGGAGGAAAAAGGAGAGAAUCCGAAGAAUAAGGGGAAGAACCACUUUUAACUUAGAGCUGCCAUAUUACUCCUCCUGACUUCCUACUGAAUCUGUCUAUAAAUGGAGCACAAAAACACAAGUGAAACCAACUCCCUGCUAGCAGAGUUCCUGCCAUUCUUGCCCACGGAAGACCAGCCCUGGAGAAGAUGGCUCAGCCCCUCCUAUGGAUCUUGCUCCUUUGCCUGCAAACCUGGCCAGAAACAGCUGGAAGUAACACAGAUGUCUGCACCGUGAACGGGAUCCUGGGGGAGUCAGUUACUUUCCCCUUGAAUAUCCCAGAAUCACAGCAAGUUGGAAGCAUUGUUUGGCAGUUCAAAACAUCAAUUGCUUUUGUACAACCAGGAGACUCAGGGACAGUACCCAAAGUCAUUGUGACUCACAACAGUUAUAAUGACCGAAUAAAUGUCUCAGGUCAGAACUACAACCUGGAGAUGAGAAAUCUUGGGAUGGAAGAUGCAGGCAUCUACUCGGCCGACAUAACUUUGAAGACCUCAAGCACUACCGAAACCAAGCGUUACAACCUUCAAAUCUACCGUCGGCUUGGGAAGCCAAAAAUUACUCCGAGUUUAAUGACCUCUGUGAACAGCACCUGUAAUGUCACACUGACAUGCUUUGUGGAGGAAGAAGACAAAAAUGUAACAUAUAGUUGGAGUUCCCUGGGGAGAGAGGGGAACAUCAUCCGAAUUUUCCAGAGCCACGAAGACCCAGAGCAUACUUACACCUGCACAGCCUGGAACCCUGUCAGCAACAGCUCUGAGUCUAUCUCUGCCCAGCAGCUCUGCUCAGACACUGGGCUGAACCACCAGAGACGCCACAUUGGGCUGCUGAGUACAGUGGCUGUACUUUUCCUGUUUAUGCUCAUCAUAUUGCCAGUAAUUCUGCUUCUUCUGCGCAAAAGAGGUCAAGAUGCUGAAUCAAAAACAAUAUACACAGAAGUUUCAAGGACAACCAGGCCAGCAGAAUCCAGGCUAUACGAUGAAAUCCUCCAGACCAAUGUGUCCCUGCCCAAGGAGGAAGCAGUGAACUCAGUGUAUUCCACAGUGCAACCCUUGGAAAAGGUAAACACUCCUGACUUUUCACCUGUUGUCCUGUGUGCUCCCUCCCUGUCUGCCCAAGCCGGGGCAGCAGGCGCUCUGGGCUCUUCCUUCCCGUCUCAGGACUGAGUGCUGAGAGCUGCGGUCUCUAGUCCGUCACAUACACACACAGACCCCUGCCCCAGCUCCAUGCCAGGCACGGGCCGUGACGCUAAUCCCACCCUUAAAUGCCGGUGCCCCCAGCCUCUGAACUCUGUGGAAACUCCAGCUUCUAAUACCGCACUGUUGGUCAUGGUGUGAAAAUUAGAAAACAGGUGCUGGCUCCGGGCAGGCACGGGCCCACAGCAGGAACAGACUGGCAAGCAGAUGGAAAGCUGAACCCCAGCUGCCGGGAGCUCCGUCAGCGGAUCAUCAUGGGAAGCAGCCUGCACAGGCUCUUGCAGUGGUGUCCCGAUGGCCCCUGCCUGGAAUAAGCACGGAGGGAAAGUCAGUCUGGCCCAGGGAGGGGACUUCCCUUCUAAGGAGUGGAUGAUUGUGGCGGCACAGGGCCUCCCAGCCUUCUUCACACCAAGCACAUGUAGAAAGCAGGAUUCUUAUGGCACAGUGGGGUCAAUGCUCGAGAUUACUCAUGGCUGAAGUUUCUUGUGACCAAAGAUGUGACUCUUCCCACAACCCCAUAUGCCAAGAAGACCAAAGUUCAUGUGCCUGUAAACAUCAUAGCACUCCCCUGAGGAGGCUCUGCCCACACUCACUAUGUGUGAGAAGCUUGGUACAGGGCCUGUACCAGUCCACACAGCACCCCGGAGCCUCCCCAAGUGCGUGCCGUGGACUCUACUUGCCUUCUGUCGUGGAAACUUCUGUGGGAUUCCACCAGCCGAGAGGCAUGGGGCAGUGCUGGGGGAGCCUUCGGGCUAGGGCUGUCUGCCAUGCAGACACUCACCAGGGAGGGUUAGAAAAGGUCCCUUUGCUGGGGACCACACUGUUGGGCAUUUUCUUCAGGCUUCCAAAGCCUCGUGGGAUUUUCCCUCUGGUCAAGCUCGUCUUCUGUAGCACU